AUGUCCUCAAAGAUCCUAAUUACUGGGGCCGCUGGCUACAUAGGGGGCUCCCUCAUCGCGGACUUCCUAAGCCAGUCCGGGUCCUGGUCCGGCAGUACCCCAUUUCCCAUUAGCAAAGACCGAAUUGUUGCCGCCGUCCGGUCGCAGGAGCAGGCAGUUGCUCUGUCGAAAUUGGAUAUCCCAGUCCUUCAGCUCGACCUGGCCGAUAAGGAAGCUCUCGCUGCGGCUAUACUAGACUACAACAUCGACAUUAUCGUCCAUACGACUAGCGCGAUUGAUCCAACCGCUGCCUUGCAUCUGAUCGAUGCACUAGGCAAGCAGGCGCGAAUCAGUGGGCGGAAGGUGUAUUUCAUCCAUACCUCGGGGAUCAGCGCAUUCUAUUCAAGCACAGGGUGGCCACCCGGGAAGUUUCGGGAUACGGAUGCGGUAUUCGAGACGGAGAAGCAACUAGCGCAGUCAUAUUCCAUUCGAAAUACUGAUGUAUCUGUCAUCAUGCAUGCCGCGAAAAGGGGCGUGACCAGCUUCGUCGUCGUGCCCUCGCUUGUCUAUGGCAAAGGCACCGGUGAAUGGAACAAGCUAUCCGUGGUCCUGCCCGUCUAUAUACAGGCUGCUCUGUCGCAAAAGGCCGUGUACAGAUUUCCUGAGAACCCGAAAGUAUCCGCCGUCCACAUCUCCGACCUGACGGCAUUGUACAGGCUCAUCAUCACUAAGAUCCUCCGCGGCGAGGGCGACACCAUCCCGCGCGAUAUGAAGGGAUACUACUUCGCACUAGCACACGAUGUCUUCCUCGGAGACGUGCUGAACCAUCUAGCCCUAACUCUGAAAUCCCGCGGUCUUGCAACUGAUGCAAAGACACAGUUCUAUCCCAGCGAUCAGGCUGCUGCGGAUUCUUUGGGCGUCCCUGAGCAGUUUGUGCAGACGUUGUGGAACUCUGGAGAUCACAUGGUUGCUGAGAUUCCACGCACAAUUGGAUGGAGGCCAGCGUGGACUAAGGAACAGUUCUUCGAGAACAUUGGUGGUGAGAUUGAUGCGGUGCUUGAGCUUGGGAAGGCGAAGAGUGGUCUUAUUGACUCGCUUUUUAGCGCUGCCCAGGGCUGAAUUACAAUAUGCUUCAUCCUUAGUGGCUGCAACGGCUGGGUUUAUAUCACCAAUCGAGUGUACCCUACCUUUCGAGGACGACAGGGAUGUCUUGAUGCCUGCCAUAUUAUGCAGAUUGUCUAGCAAUUUUUUGUAGUAAUUCUCAGAAAGUGCUGCCGC